UGGAAUAUUAUCGCCGUUGCCGCGGUGACAAAUGUUUGAACGAAAGCAACACGAGAUUUAGAAAUGCUGGUUAGAAAUGCUUAUUGAACACGUAAACAAAUCAACUGUUGCUCCGUGGUUACGUUCGCCGGAAAAAUUUACGAGCGCCCGCCAACCGGGUAAAUAUCAUUGCGGUGCUUUUGACGAUACUAGAAAUUUGUUUGAUUUUGUAUGAAACACGAUUGCAGCAUUUACCUUUCCUCUGUGAUAAUAUUCAAGCCGCGCAUCAUAACGAUAUCAUCCAUGGCAGUCAACAUCAACAGAAUGUGUUUAAAUAAGCCAAAAAAAAAGUCAACCAUAAAAAAAAAUAGUACAAUUUUCUUAACAUAAGAUUGUAUAGUUAUAUCUAUUUUCUUAGCCUUUCUCUUUUAUGUUUGGUUUUUUGUUUUUGUUUUAAAAUAUUAUGCUCACUACUAAAUUUAUGUACAAAUCUCGUGUCCAUAUAAUCGACAUAAAUGACAUAAUGCGAUCGUUAGACUAAAAUACAUCGCGUUCAGGAAGUCAUAUAUAAAUGUAUAAUAUCAUUUUAUUUGAACGUAUAAACAAAAAAUUUAGUAUACAAUUGUUAACAAUAAAGAAAAAUUGGUUUUCCGGAAAACAAGAGAAAAUAUAAGUACAGAGUGUCCCAUCUAAACGGGCACACUCACUAUUUCGGAAAGUAUUGACUAUCUUCGGAAUUCGUUUGAUAGACCACUUAAGAAACAAACAGCUCGCCAAUUUGAAAUCCAUGUUAUGUUUUGACACCUCUAUUUUUGGGGAUAAAACCAUUACCUACUAUAGAUUUUCAAAUAGCACCUAUAUUAUUGAUCCAAAUAUUUUUAUUUAGGCCACUAUCUGAAAAUUAAAAGUAAAUAGUGGCUUUAUCCUCAAGAAUAAAGGUGACGAAAAAUAACAUAAAAGUAAAAUUGUAAAACCGCUUGUUCCUUAAAUGUUCUACAAAACAAAUUCCGAAAAAAGUUGAUACUUUCCGGGAUAAUGAAUGCACCGACUUAAACAGAACACCCUGACUUAAUGACUUAGGGUCAUUUACUAACAAUAAGAAAAAAAAAUUAAAAUUGUACAAAUUNUGUAAUGAUAUGCUAUUUAAGCUAUCAUACAUUAUGUAAAAUAAAAUAUUAUAAGUCAAACAAUUAACAACGGAAAUUAUAGUUAAACAUUUACAUCCGAUGCCAUUCUUUUUUCUUAUCAAAUAACAUAUAUUUUAGUGCGAUAUUUACUCAUCGUAAGGAGAUAAUACUUAAGCUAUCAUAUAUAAUUAAAAUAAAUUAUUUAGUCAAUAUUGUAAAAUAAUUAUAUUAAUUUGUAGCCAUUAAUUAUUAGAUUAAGUUGUUAGUAUUAACCAAAUUAAGAUAAUACAUUUACACACGCACACACACACAGAUCUCCAGUUAUAAGGAGGCCGGACACUUCUAAUCACACAGAGUGUAUGUAUUGUUCCCGUUGCUUUUGGACAGAUGAUCACAAGCGAGUGUAAAAGACUACGCAGAGAUUCUUACAAAAGCACGGGAACCUAGAACAGUGUUUUAUAUUUUAAAAAAAAUUAAUAAAAAAGAAACAGUUGUUAUAUUAAAAAUCUUUUUAUUUACUACGGUCACCUAUAUCAAAUUCAAUAGAUCAAUUUGCCGCUUGCAGAAGAAAGGUAAUCAAAUUUAUAAUUAAUUUAUACGUGUGAAUCGAAUUUACAUAACUAGGCACCUCCCGCCUUAUUUUUGAAUUACUACAAAGUGGCGCCCAACUAAAAAGCUCGUACCACACCUCCAAAAAAAUAUAUCGAACAUAAUAUUAGCUUAAACGUUUGAUAAUAUUAUCAACCAACUAAUAGGUUAUUCUUAAAGCAAAAAUUAAAUAAAUAAAUAAAAGAAUAUAACUGUCAAUAAAAAUUGUUUAGUACGAGUAGAGAUGGAUACCACCAACUCAACUUUUACUCCGAUAGCUGAAACCGUAUCGAAUUUAGAUCAAAAACAAAUAGAAAUAGAACUUACAAGGCUUAUUACUUCAGGAACACUAUCCGAAUUAAGGACUAGACUGUUACAAUAUCUCAUGGGCGAAUCUAUACCCACUGAUUUUACGAAAUAUAAUACACCUACUUACAACCAAGCAAAUGAAAACGAAAAUACCAUAAAAAUUACUAGUAAAAAACCAUAUUUCAAACCUGGAACAUUCUCGGGACUAAUUUGGGAAAAUUUUGACUCUUUCAUCAAUAAAUAUAAUAUGUCCGCAUCAAUUAAUGACUGGUCUGAAGAAGACAAAAUUCGAUAUUUCCCGGGUUUUCUAGAAGGUACCGCAUUAAAAGCAUAUGAAAAUAUACCAGAUAACAGUAACAUAAAAACUAAAUGGUCAAAUUUAGAAAAACAUUUUCGAAUACAAUUUGAACCUACCGCCUUAAUUGACAUUCUUCGUUCUCAAUUAGAAAAAAGGAAACAACUAGAUGACGAAAAACCCAUUACAUAUAUAACUGACAUAGAAUAUCUAUGCAGACGUGUUGACCCCUUAAUGAAACAACAGGAAAUAAUACGCAAUAUUAUGAAGGGCCUUAAAUCAGAUAUUAUUAGAUAUGUAGGUUUUAUGGACAACAAUACCGUAGAAAAUCUUAAAUAUACUAUUCAAAUAAUUGAAAAAAUUGAAUUUAUGGGGAGUGGUAGGCUAUGCAAUCAAUCACCAUUAAAAACUAAGGAAUCUAUAUUUAAAGAAGAAAUCUUUAAAAUAAGUGAAACUAUAAAAACGUUAAAAGAAAAUAAUGAGAAACUAAUAAAAGAUUUACAAAAUUCAACUAUGACCGAAAAUAUUAAUAAAAUCACAAGUCAAUUUAACGAUAAAUUUAAUAAUCUUAGCGAACAGUUUAAAUCACAAAACAAUCAACAACCAAAAAACACUCAAUAUUUUAGAAAUAAUAAUAAUACUGCGCGCUACAAUUCUCCUAAAGAACAAAACAUAUUUGGAAAUAAUAAUAAUUUCAAAUCCCAAAUACCCCGUACUCAAUGCAAUAACUGUAAAUUAUACAAUCACACUAGUAAAAAUUGUCGUUUUCCUAUAAAUCCGCCGACAUGUCAACUUUGUAAUAGAAUAGGACACAUUGCUCGCGAAUGCCUACAAUAUUUUAAUCAACGAAUAAAUAGGUUAAAUGGCCACAAUGACAAUAGCCAUUACCCUUCUUCGUCAUACACAAAUAUUAAAAGAGAUAGCAACACAAUAAAUCAUAGAAUAAACAUACUCACGGAUUCAUUAUACAUCUAUGCAUACUUAGAUAACUCUAAAAUAUCACUGACCAUUGAUACCGGUGCUAACAUUUGUUGCAUCAGGCAUACACUUAUAUCCAACAGCCAUAAAAUAGAAAAAACACCAAUAAAAUUAACGGGAGCAAACAACGAACCGCUCACUGUACUUGGCUCUACAAUAGUAAACGUUAUUAUAAAUUCUCAAAUGUUCGAAAUAUUAACUUAUGUGGUAAGAAAUUUAUCUUGUUCAUUCAUUUUAGGUAACGAUUUUCUUUUCAAACAAAAAGCUCAUAUAAAUUUCGAAAACGAAACGCUAACAUUACAAAACUUAUUACCUAUAAAAACAUAUAGUAGUCAUAAGAAGAAUCACUAUAUAAAUAAAAUUAAAGAAGAGGUUCUAGAUUUAUUUACAGUAAACCCGACAUAUUCCAUAGCUCAUUGCNAAAACUCAUCUAUUUAUAUAUUAUAUUUUUCUCGACUUUCUAUGAGUAUGUACCGGCAGACACCUAUUGUUAUAAUGUUUGGAUUUAAAUAG